UUAUUGUAAUAUGAAAAAACAACACAAACAGAUUUUACGACUGAAUGAGGGACUUUGUCAGAUUAGUUCACUCGACUAACGGCGCCAUUUUGUUGUAACUCUCGUCCAACGGCGUGGCACUUCACUACUCGGCUGUCAAUGUCAAAUGUACGGCGUAAUAUGUGGUUGCACUGCACGUGUUUAUUAUAAACUUUUACAAGUAAAUAUUGUUUAAAAACGUAAUUCUAAAGUAUUGAUCUAACGAAUUACAGAGCAUUUUAUGAUGGUUGUUCAAGAAGAUUGUGAAAAACCUGUAGAAGUGGCGUUGAUUCGAAAACCUUUGGUGGAGCCAAAAUCGUAUGUUAUUGUAAAGAAUCAUGUGCGGGAGCUCAUAAAUACCAGUGAAACUACUUCUAUUGAAAGGAAUACCGAAGAAACAUCCCCAAAACCAUUAGAAAAUGAUCGUAAAACGAAGCGAAAAUCAAACAAAAAACAUAAAAAUGCCACACAAAAAUCAGUGUCUUCAGACGAAGAUACAACUGAAAUUAUUGAUAAAAGUGACUUAGAAGAAUUGAAAACUGUAUAUAAAAGGUGCAAAGAUGUAAUUAACAAAAUAGAAACAAAAUAUGGCCAUUUAUUGGACUUGAACAUUGGAGCAGGAGGCAGUUCACACAGAAAAAGGAAACUAAACUCGGAAGAAUCAACUGACAGUGAAUGUGACUGUAAAUUAAACAAGAAAAUAGUGUUUGACGAUGAUGGCAAGCAGGUUGCAGUAGAUAGAGUACCAGAUAAGCAUAUUUGUGCUAAAAAAGUCAAAGGAUACAGUGAAAUUCAAACAAAAUCUAAAAGCAUAGCUAUAGAGUACACAGAUAAUGAAAUAAAUCUACCAGACACACUCCCAGAACUUGGCAGUAUGUUACAAAGCCAGGAUAUGCCUAAAACCCUUAGAAAUAAAAUUGUAAAUAAAAUGAGAAUGUUAAAACAGGAUUACACAAAUGAGAUCAAGUUUAAUAAACAAGCUAUCAUAGAAAAGAUUAAAGCUAAUCCUGAUGAUGUAUUAGCGUUUAAGGGCACAAAUCUAUCCAUAAUAAAGGGAUAUUCAUAAUAAGUUGCUGAAUGCCAUAUUAUUUACUUUAUUUAGUUCUCGGGAACAAACUAAACACUAGAAUUACCUACAAAUUUAGAUUUGUAGUUGCAUUAUACAUCUUGAAGUACUAUAAUAACCUGUUUUGGUUAAAUAUCAAGCUAUUGUCAUACAAAAUGUAUGCCAACAUUCAGGCUACUUAUGUAGCAUAGCUAACAAAGAUCUGCCUAUCCCUUCUAGGGUAAAUAGGCUUUAUGUUUAGUCUGUAUAAGGUUGUCAAUUGAUUGAUAUGAUAAUAAAACAUGUAUAUUUUA